UACCCGCCCAUUGCAACUUUUCAUAGCUACCUUCUUUUUGUGUUAGACUUGCGCUUUCUUUCCCGUUGUAUGCUUCCAAAGCCCCGGAAAAACCCUCUCGUUUGCUGAUAUCUUUUAAAGAUUAAAAGAAAAGAUGAAUAGUCCACCCCCGGAAGAAGACGAUCAAGGCGAGGUUUUCAUCGAUGAAUCUGAUGUCAUCCACGAGUUCACUGUCGAUGAAGAAGAUCUUCCUGAUGCAGAAGAUGAUGCAAGUUCUGAUGCUGAAAAUAUUGAGGAGCCUGAUGAUUCAAUGCACAUAUUCACCGGUCAUACUGGUGAACUUUACGCAGUUGCUUGUAGCCCAACAGAUGCUAGAUUAGUGGCUACUGGGGGUGGAGAUGACAAAGGGUUUCUCUGGAAAAUUGGUCGAGGAGAUUGGGGUUCUGAACUUCUAGGUCAUAAGGAUUCUGUGUCUUGUUUAGCCUUUAGCACUGAUGGACAGUUUCUUGCGUCUGGAGGGCUUGAUGGGCUUGUUCAGAUCUGGGAUGCAUCCUCAGGAAAUAUCAAGUGUGCUCUUGAAGGCCCUGAAAAGGGCAUUGAGUGGGUUAGGUGGCAUCCUAGAGGACAUCUAGUCUUGGCUGGUUCUGAAGACUGUACUGUUUGGAUGUGGAAUGCAGACAGAGGUGCCUAUCUUAAUAUGUUUUCUGGUCAUGGGAGCAGUGUAACUUGCGGUGACUUCACGCCUGAUGGUAAAACAAUCUGUACCGGUUCUGAUGAUGCAACUUUGAGAAUAUGGAAUCCCAGAAGUGGUGAAAACAUUCAUGUGGUGAAAGGUCAUCCAUAUCAUACAGAAGGAUUGACAUGCUUGGCCAUGAGUUCUGAUUCAAGUCUUGCUCUCACCGGAUCAAAGGACAGUUCUGUACACAUUGUAAAUAUAGUCACUGGAAAGGUUGUUAGUUCUUUGGAUUCUCAUACUGAUUCUGUUGAAUGUGUCGGGUUUUCACCUAGGUAUGGUUUCCUCUCUCUCUUUCUCCAUGUGUAUGCAUCUUUUACAUGAAUUUUAGUUACUGGU